AUGCUGAGAGUUAGGGACGAUUUACCACCAUUUCUUAAAAACUAUCUUCCGGAUGGUCAUCGGAAUGGCAGACCGUUUGUCACACUGACAUAUGCACAAUCUAUUGAUGCAAAGAUAGCUAAACAAAGAGGUGUGAGAACUACCAUAUCACACAUCGAGACGAAAGAAAUGACCCAUUAUUUGAGGUACUUUCACGAUGGCAUUUUAAUUGGUUCUGGAACUGUCCUAGCAGAUGAUCCAGGGUUGAAUUGCAAAUGGAUCGGACCCAAUAAUGAUCCUGAUGAAUCAAUGGAAGAAAAAUCGCCAAGACCGAUAAUUCUGGAUCCUAAACUGAAGUGGAAGUAUUCAGGUUCAAAAAUGGAAGAGCUAUGCAAUCAAGGAAUGGGCAAGCCACCUAUAGUCAUUACAACCAAGACACCAAAAGUCAAAGAAGCUAAUGUAGAGUAUAUGAUUAUGGAACCUGAUGCUAAUGACAGGAUUUCAUGGAAAAGUAUACUAGACACAUUGAGGAGAAACUAUGAUAUGAAAUCUGUUAUGAUUGAAGGCGGAAGUCACGUGAUUAACCAAUUGCUUAUGUGUUCAGAUUUGAUAGAUAGUUUGAUUGUAACAAUUGGCUCGAUAUACCUUGGAUCCGAGGGGGUCACAGUGUCACCACCAGAUGAGGUCAAAUUGAAGGAUAUCUCUUGGUGGAAAGGAACUUCUGAUGUAGUAAUGUGCUCAAGGUUGCAAAACUAG